AUGGGUGGCGAUGGUCGAUUACUGCCUACCACUCCUUUUGGAAUAUCUGCGUGGACUCCGACCGUGCACUUAUCCGCGCUACUCUCUACUACGCUCUCUAGCCCGCGGGAUCAUUGCAGCACUGAAGCCCGACCACCACGUCAAGGUGGCAGCUUUAGGUCGGGCUCUCUAGGUACACGCAAAACGCGCACACCUCGCGUAGACUUCGAAAAGCUCUUGAACCCAGAAAUCAAGCAAACCUAUCGGAACCGGCUCCUCCACCACAUGUGUGUUGGUCUAAUUUUGGAUGACAACAAUCACUAA